CAUUAGCAUAAAUUCUCACUCAUAUCCAUGUUCAUUUCGUUACUUUCGACACAUUGUAGUUGUCACGUUAGUGACUAGACAAUGAUUUCCAUGGUUAUAUUUCUUCUGGGAUGUUUACUUACUUUUCAUUCAGUUCUGCCUCUAUCCUCAGAAUUUGUCUACAAGUGCAAGUGCAAGGAGUCUUGUAGUGAUACGGAAAUAAACUCUACAAUCACAUGUGGACAAUAUGUUUGGUGUUGUAACAAAACACUAGAAGAGUCAAUCGACGGUGGCAAUGAAGGAUCAAACAAUGAAGGUAAAAGCAAUGUAACAGUGAUACAAAAUGGAAACAAAGACGAACAUUCCGAUUUUUUAAAUGAUGAUGAUAUUGAUCUUGCUAAUGAUACAAUCAGGAAUGAACAGGGUAAUUCAGACACUGAAAGUCAAAAGAAUCAAAAUUAUAACAAAAGUGAAGAUCAUGACAAAACAAUACAUCGUCACAAAACGGUUGGGAUUGUUCAAAGACCUGUCGCAAGCACAACUUCCAUCUUAAGAAAUGGUAUCAAAUAUACGUUUCCUAUUCAGAAAUAUCCUCAGGGGAAACCAUUAAUCGGUGAUUCAGACAAGCUGCAGGAUAGUGCCACACCAUUCAAACUGUUUGUUGACAGAUAUAAACAUCCUUCUUAUGAUUCAAAACAAUGGUUUAGAAAAGACCACGUUUGGCAUAAUUCAUAUGGUUCAAUUCAAAUGCCAAAUAGUUAUCGACUAUCCCAGAGUGGUGGGGAUAUAUUCCAUGGAGACCUGCAUCAUACGACUGAUUCCGGAGAGUAUCAGGAUGCAGUGUGGAAUUUAAUGAAAGGUGAAAUACGGAAAUCUCGCGAGCCUUCAUACAGACACCCAUUCGAAACCGGAUACGGUGUUACGUUAGAUUCUAGAAACAAAAAUCUAAACUUUUACUUUAAUAAUGAAAAUGGAAAAGAAUCAAAAGAUAUAUCAUUGAUUGAUAUCUUAGAUCAUCAGAUCAGAAUGCCAACUCAACUACCGUUUUUGACUACUACGAUCGACAAGAAAGACAUUUUCAGCAACAAAGAUCAUCAAAUUCCACUCAUUAUUCACAAAGAAAGUGUAUGGACGGACUAUUUCAGAGAUCUAAAAGUGAAACGAAAACGGCGGGAGAAGGAAAUUGAAGAACGUCACCGACAGUCAUUGUUGCAGGAAAUGUUUCCUCUCCAACAGACAUCAUCCGUCAGUAUGGAUAAUAUCAUGGGUCCUUUUAACCAAAUGAUGUCAAUGAAUCCGUGGAUAAAAUCUAAAAUAAUUCCGAAAUUUCAAAGAAAGUACAAACAUUCUCCACGUGUUUUGGGUAUAAAACCAUGACACUUUGCAUAAUGAGAUAAACACAAAUUUUCGUGGAAGCGUCAUGCGAGAAGUAUAAAUACUGUUCUUCCAGAUAAUUUCGUUUCAGCUUACAAAUGGCUUCAGGUGCAAAGCAAAAAUAAAUAUACGAGGUGGCCAAACUUACUAGAUGGUAGAGUAACAUUGAUUUUGGUGUAUAUAUGAAAGACCCAGGUCGACGUGCAGUCUCUGGUUGGUUUCGACGUCUAAUGUGACAUCAUGUAUUACCAAAGUAACCUCCUUUUGACCCGGAGUCUAAAGAUGACAAACACAGCUGUGUAUUAUGACUUUUGAGAUGUGUUCUUUACUUCAGUAUGAAGAGAUACCUUUCAUGUAGAUAUCACAAAACAAACACAAGAACGGACAGCAAUAAAAAAUAACUUUUAAUAUCUGUGGCUGUACAAUUCAUUCUUGAUCUAGGAGGUGUUGAUUAAUUUUGAAUCCGUAUACAGCUAUUUUCAACCUUAAAUUAUAUAAUUUCAUAUUUGUAGCUUUUUAUAUAUUUCAACAUCC